AUGAAAUUAUCAAAAACUUUAGCUUUAUCAAUUUUAACUUCUUUAGGUGUUGUUCAAGGUUUAAUUAUUCCUUCAAUUGGUGAUGUUAUAGAUAGUUUUGCUUUAGAUAAAAUUGAAAAUUCAAUUAAUAAUCAAUUGGAAAAAAUUGAAUCUAAAAUUGAAAAUUCUUUGAGUUCAUUACAUUCAGAAUUAUCUCAAUCUGCUGAUAAAUUAGGUAUUGAACUAAAUUCAAUACCUAAUGUUCCAAUUAUUGCAUCUGGUAGAGAUAUUAUUCCAAAUAAAUAUAUCAUUAUUUUUAAAGAUGAUAUUGAUGAAAAAAUUAUAAAUUUUACUAAAGAAUGGAUUAAUUUAAUUCAUUCAGAACAAUUUAAAAAUUGUGAAAAUAAUGAUAGUGAUAGUAUUAGUGAUAAUGAUUUAAUUAAAGGUUUUGAAUUAAAUUUACAAUCUUUUAAUAUUAAUGGUUUAUUAAAUGGUAUUUCUGGAUUUUUCACCGAUGCAUCUAUUGAAUUAAUUAGAAGAAAUCCUUUAAUUAAAUUCAUUGAAAAAGAUUCAAUGGUUUAUGCAAAUGAAUUUAAUAUUGAAAAAGGUUCUCCUUGGGGUUUAGCAAGAGUUUCUCAUAGACAGCCAUUAAGUUUAGCUUCUUAUGAAGAAUAUUUAUAUGAUGAUGAUGGUGGUAAAGGUGUUGAUGCUUAUAUUAUUGAUACUGGUGUUAAUGUUAAACAUGUAGAAUUUGAUGGUAGAGCUAAAUGGGGUAAAACAAUUCCAACUGGUGAUGAUGAUAUCGAUGGUAAUGGUCAUGGUACUCAUUGUGCAGGUACCAUUGGUUCAAAAAAAUAUGGUGUAGCUAAAAAUGUUAAUAUUUAUGCUGUUAAAGUUUUAAGAUCAAAUGGUUCUGGUUCAAUGAGUGAUGUUGUUAAAGGUGUUGAAUUUGCUGCUCAAUCUCAUCAAAAUUCUGUUAGAUCAAAAAGGAAAGGUUUUAAAGGUUCAACUGCUAAUAUGUCUUUAGGUGGUGGCAAAUCACCAGCAUUAGAUAUGGCUGUUAAUGCUGCUGUUAAAGCUGGUUUACAUUUUGCUGUUGCUGCUGGUAAUGAAAAUCAAGAUGCUUGUAAUACAAGUCCUGCAUCUGCUGAAAAUGCAAUCACUGUUGGUGCUUCAACUAUAUCUGAUGCAAGAGCUUAUUUUUCAAAUUUUGGUAAAUGUGUUGAUAUUUUUGCUCCUGGUUUAAAUAUUUUAUCAACCUAUAUUGGAGGUAAUAAUGAUGCUACAGCUUAUUUAUCUGGUACAUCAAUGGCAUCACCACAUAUUUGUGGUUUAUUAUCUUAUUAUGUUUCAUUACAACCAGGAUCUGAUUCUGAAUUUUUUAUUGCAAGUGAUGGUAUAACUCCAAAACAAUUGAAAAAGAAUUUGAUUUCAUUUGGUACCAAAGAUGUAUUAGUUGAUAUUUCAGCUGAUACUCCUAAUAUUUUAGCAUUUAAUGGUGCCGGUCACAAUUUAACAGAAUUCUGGAAUAAUAAAUAG